AUAUUCCCAUGCAGUAUAAACCAGUGUGGUUGUUCAGCUGCCCUCUCAGACCACAUUCUGCUACUGAGAAUAAACCAUGCUGCCUUCACAGCCUUGGCAGUCUGAAACAUCUAGAGGAAACAGAGGAAUACUGCUAACGAGACAGUGGUCAUGAAGGAGGAAUACUGCUAACGAGACAGUGGUCAUGAAGGAGGAAUACUGCUAACGAGACAGUGGUCAUAAAGGAGGAAUACUGCUAACGAGACAGUGGUCAUGAAGGAGGAAUACUGCUAACGAGACAGUGGUCAUAAAGGAGGAAUACUGCUAACGAGACAGUGUUCAUGAAGGAGGAAUACUGCUAACGAGACAGUGGUCAUGAAGGAGGAAUACUGCUAACGAGACAGUGGUCAUAAAGGAAAGGAGACAAGGAAAUGAUGCUGUUAGGGACACAGCACACUGUAUGUGUAAAUUAAGGUGUGAUACUGAUGUCUCUACCGGUGGUGUGAUGCUUCUUUGUUCCCUCAGGAAGGAAGUCUCUCAGCUCACGCUUCAGACGACAGAGCAGAGCGGAACUGCUACAAGUCUGAGUGUUCUGAGGCUUGUGUGUGACCGCUCACCCAGGAAAACUUCACUGCUGAGGACCUCUGUUUGACUACUGGAGCCGACACCACAGAGAGGAAUGGACAGAGAGGGAGGGAAGUAGAACUAACAAUCAUCUGAGUGUGUGGGAGACAGAAAUGCAGAGAAUCUUCAUGGAUGGAAUCUCAAACCUGUGGAUAUACAAGUGAGUGUCUGUUGAUAUCUGGAGCCCCAAACAUGAGAAGAUUGCAGUUCAACCACUCUGACAUUUCUGCUGGGGCAGACAAACACCUUUCCUACCAGGCCUGUGCUGCUACCAGGCCUGUGCUGCUGUCGAAGACUUCUGUGAUGAUUUUGACCAGUGGUUAAACUCUGCAAAAAGGAUUACUGGGAUUCUUAAACUGUCACCUUUUACUACAUACUACGUUUGGAAUAAUUCAACUCGCACUGGACCCAUUCCCCAGUGAGGGGAAAUACACAACAGGCUCCACAAUGGCCACCGGACAGUUGAGACAGAAUGGUGGUGUGAGGGACGUGAUCCCAGAGGAUGGCAGUGACAGGGGAGGAAACUGUGGCAUUGCAGGGAAGUUGGCUGGAGACCGGGGCAGGACAGAGUGGAGAAGGCUAAACCUACCCAAAAGAAGUAAGAGUUUAGACUGGAGUGGAAAUGGGGCUAGCCCUGGCGAGGGGCUCAGAACUGGGCUGCCGAGGUUUUCUGGGAACCUAGGGGGGUCCACACUUAAACGAGCAGAGAGUUUGGAGAGGAGGGGGGCAGGAGAAAGCAAUGUGUUGUUCAGGGUGAAGGCCUUUAACUCAGUUGGUCCAGGGGAAGUGAUGAGCCCCGUUGGGGGGUCAGGGCGUUCCGUUGGUGAAGUGGUGUCCCCUGUGGGUCUAGCGUAUGUGGCUAUAUCUCUGGAGAGGGCCAGUGGGGGCCAGUCCCUCCCCACCAGACUGAGUUCUAGUCCUGGUCCUGGGUCUGGAACCAGAAAACCAGCGGGUGGAUCUCUUGGAUCCUCCAGGGGUCAGAGUAUCUGGGACCGGAUACAGAAGCUCUAUGGGUCUACUGGAACUGAUAAAGCUACUAACAGAGAUGAGGAUGUGAAGGACUCAACCAGAACCAAGCGUCUCUCAGCACCGGUAGGAGACUGGUCUCUAUUGGAGAGGGAUGGGGGGGAUACAGCAGCCAAUCGCAGGAAGUCCACCACAGACUCUGUCUUUGUCUCCCCCCUCUCCUCCCCCUUUUCCUCCCCCCUCAGUGGAUUAUCCAGGGGGGAGAGGAAUGGCCUGCUCUCACACACACCCCUAGUAGAACAGAACACCACACACACACCCCUGGUAGAACAGAACACCACACACACUACACACACACCACAGAGACAUCAGAAUAGUGCAGUCAAGGUGUCUGGUUUGAGCCCCUCACUGUCUCCAGUGUCAGGGUGUACCACACCCACACUCUCAUACAAACCCUCACACACACCCUUAGUGGUGUUGUCAUCAGUGUGCAUUAGGGACCCCUCACUAUCCCCUCCAUUAGAAGACAAACAGGAGAGAGGGGAAAAGGAGGUGACAAACACUGUGGGCAAAAAGAGUGGAAGUAGUGAAGACAGCGAAAAGGAGAGAGUAAGGGUGGGGAGCAUGGCUCAGGAAAAAGAGAAAUGGACUGAUGUCGAAGGAAAAGGACACAAGAAAAAGGAGAAGCGAGGGAGAGAUAACGCUGAAGUCUUUCUCCCCCAGCACAGACUAUCAGUGACACCCACCAGGGACUCUCAGCCUACCACAACGUCCGGAGUAGGGGUCACCACAGGGUCAAACCCCCUCCUGACCAAUCAGCUUAAUGGGAAAACGGACACCUAUGACAGGAGCAAGACCCCUGGUAGAGGCGUGGCCAGGGAACAGAGCCUGUCAGAAGAUGUGUUUGAAGCCAACACCCCACAGAGGAUAACAUUACAGAACACAGAAAAUACCAAGUUACCUGGGAAACUGGUAGUGCCCUCUGCAGCCAGUGUGAGGAACAAGAUCCACCAGUUUGAAGCUCUGACACAGACAUCUCAGGUCCCAGUGCCCAACUACCUGAAGCCCAGACGGGCUUUCUCUGUCCCAGAGCAGCUCAGUGAGUCUGGAGAGGGGGUCAGGAAGAGUGGGUUGGAUAGACAGGUACGCGGGGUAGGGGGAGUAUGGGAGAGAGGGAGAGGAGGAAGAGAGGGAGGGAUUGUAAUUAUGGAUGGGGGGAGAGGACGAGGAGAAGGGGUAAGGAAGAGUGUGCCAGAUAAAGCACUUGUUGGAGGGAGAGGAGGUGAGGUAGUGAGAGAAGAGAGGAAGGCUGAUAGAGGGUGGGUGCUGAGGUCUAUGUCAGUCGAUGAGGUGAGGCUGGGGAGCAGGGAGAGAGGGGGAGUAGGGGAGAGAGGGAGAGUAGGGGAGAGCGGGGGAGUGGGGGAGAGUGGGGGAGUGGGGGAGAUGGGCAGAGUAGGUUAUAGAGGUUUAGUACGGGGAGUGGGGGAGACAGGGGGAGUGGGGGAGAAUGCUGUUGGCUCUGGUACGUUUUCCAACCUCAAGGGUAAACUAGACAUCCCUCUGAAUGGCAAAACCACCAGAGACACUCUGAGAGACUUUUCCAUUGAUGAGCCAGACCUCCCCAAUCACACAGUCACACCCCAGGACUGGAGUAGGAGAGGCACCAACACAAAGACUACUACAGUCACUGGCAAGGAUACUUCAUCCUCCCAGCUGUCUAACUCUGUGAACAACUCCAAUGACGUUCUAGGUGGCCCUGACCAGUCUAGGAGGCCUCACUGUAGAGACUCACCUAACCUGCCAUCUCCAGUGAGUGAUGACGACAAGACACCCACCAACACCCCCCAGAACUCCCCCUUCCACCCCCAGAACACACCCCCCACCUCCCCACACCUCCCCACUACUUCCCUGCAGCCUAAACACCAACAGGGUGUAGAUUCAGGCCUGGCUGACCUAAAGAACCGUCCAGUCUCCACACACACAGCCCAGGGUAGGGUCACUACUGACCCUGCUAUCCCAGUCUCACACUCUGGCCUGGGGAGGGAUUCCCUGUCCCUUCCCCUCACCUCCUCCUCCCCCAGCAGCCUACCCCUCCUCCCCACUCUGGCUCGAUGGAAGUCAGAGGAGGGGGGAUGGAGUGAUGAGGAUACUGAUGAUGAAGGUACAGAGAAGGACGAGGACUCCACCUACGACUCAGACUCUGCUGAAUCCUCGGUGACCGUCACCAGCGCCAUGAGCCAAUCACAUCGCAGGAGUUUCUCUCUCAGUCUGGCAGAGCUGUGUAACUUCGGAGAGGUGGACUAUGAUCCCCAGUCUUCCUCUGACAGUGAGUUGUGGCCGUCCAGCCGGUCAGCCAGCCGGUCAGCCAGCCUAUCGUCUGACGUGUCGGCAUUGUCCUGUGUGUCUGUCCUGGGCAGUGAUGAGCUGAACCGCCUGCUGGACGACGUAAAGGGCCUGGGGGACACAAUGCUGCAGAACUAUGAGGAUGUCCAGGUGGUGGUUCUCCAUAAGGAUGUUGGUGUGGGACUGGGCUUCACCAUGGCAGGAGGAGUGGACCAGAACAAACCUGUCAUUGUCCAUAAGGUGUUCCCGGCAGGGGUGGCUGCUAAGGAGGGAUCCAUCCAGGAGGGAGACAAGGUCCUGUCAAUCAACGGCACAGCGCUGUGUGGCUCCUCCCACUGGGAGGUGCUGAGGACGCUAAGGAGGGCACGGACUCAGGGGAUGGGCGUGGUUGUCUUGAGGAGAGGGGGGGUAACAGACCCCCGUAAAGGAAGAACAGUGACUGACAGUCGAGGAGGGACACAGACAGAGCCUGCUAACACUGGUCAGAGGGUGUGUGUGAGGCUGGAGAAGCGCAGCAGAGACCUGGGCUUCAGUCUGGAGGGAGGAGUGGGUUCCAGCCUGGGAGACAAACCCCUCACUGUACAGAAACUCUUCCUAGGUGGUCCAGUGAACCAGGUGUCUCCAGGGGACGAGGUGAUGGAGAUCGAGGGUGUGAGCUUGGUGGGCCUGAGGAGACUGGAGGCCUGGACCUUGAUCAGAACACUGCCCCCUGGGCCUGUGGAUGUGGUACUACACCGUCCUGACAUACCACAGUGACAGGAAGGAAUAUUGAUAUGCACCCUCGAUAUGCUUAUAACAAGGCACUGAAGCAUUGUACUCCUAUGAGGUUGAAGUGAGGGUUGCCAAUCUGAUUUUGGAUAUGUGGUUCGGGUCAACUUCUACCUCAAGUGAGAGGGAUGAUAUGUAUUGCAGCAGUCAUACGAUAACAAAGCACUGAAGAGACCAGUAAACACUGAGGAGAGGGCCUGUCUGUAUAUAGGGUCAACCCAGGGUAUGAAGAGGGAGACAGAGAUCAAUACAGAGGUCAUUUAUUUAAUGUUGUAGAAAUAUGCUGUAUGUUUCUUUAAUACCUAGUCGGCCCAUUGUUUUAUAUGUUGAAAUGUAAGGAGUUUGUAUAUGGCUGUUGUAAUAUAUAUUGUGACUAGAAAGUUAAUAACCGUCCAGUGUCUACUUGCUGUUAAUAAAUCCUACAAUAACCCCA